AUGCCUGUUGCUGAGAUGUGAGUUGGCCACGUGACGUGCAUUGCUCGUGUAGGGACGCGCCGAGAUGUCUCUCCCUCAGCCACGAAUCGACCGACGGACCCGAUCGACGGCCCCGGUUGCCUGCGAAGUCCGGAGCUCUCGAAUGUUACGCCUCGAUAUCCCGCCUUCUUCGCUCGAACGAGACGUGUUUGUCUUGUGAAAUUUGAUGCUGAUCGUGUGUUGCUUUGCUCUCGUUCCCACCUACCAGGACCACCGCCGACGGACCUGCCUCCGCGAUCCUGCAAGAACUCUACUCCGCGACCGCUCGGACCGCUCGCGCCGCGGCCGCGUCGACGCUCGCGGCCUAUGUUCAAAAGAACGGCCUGCGCACGCUCGUCGUCGAUGCGAUCCUCGAGGACCUGACCCGGGCCGUCAAGGGCAAGGUCGUCGCUGAGCGUGAAGGCGCGAUCGCCGCUUUCGACGAGCUCUUCCGCAAGCUCGCCAAGGCCGGUGCCGACCCUUACCUCGUCCCCCUCCUGCCCGUCGUGUUGGACCGUCUCCAAGAGUCCGGCAAGACGGCUUCCAUCGCCGACAAUGCCGAAAAGGCGGCCAAGCAAUUGUGCCGCUUGACCCCUCCCGAACUCGCGCCCAAGACGAUCGAGCAGCUCUUCGAGGUCAUCGAGGGCAACUACAAGUGGAAGAGCAAGGUCUGCGCGUUGCAGCUGCUCGCCACUUUCGGCACCUCGGCCAAGGACCAGGUUGCUGAGCGAUUGGGCGAGUACGUCCCUCGUCUUACCGCGUCGAUGCGUGACACCAAGUCCGAGGUGAGUUUUCUGGUUGAUCAGUCUUCGGGGGCCUCAUCGCUGACGUGAGCUUUCAUUCACUUUCCGACUAGAUUGCCUCGCAAGCCGAGAAGACCGGUAUCGCAUUGUGCCACGUUCUCACCAACCCCGAUAUCCAACCUUUCGUCCCCGAUCUCGUCAAGUGCAUGGCCGACCCCACGACCGUCCCCGCCGCGAUCAAGCGAUUGUCCUCGACCGUCUGGGUCCGAGAGGUCGAUGGUCCCACUUUGGCUGUCGUCGCCCCCCUACUCACCCGUGCCCUAGGCGAGCGAGGCAACAUCGUCCAGCGUCAAUCUGUUGUCCUCAUCACCAACUUGUUCAAACUCGUCCGCUCGUCCGAUCUUGCCGCUCUCCACGCCCCCGCCGUCUUGCCCGGUAUCGAGCGAAUUAUCGAGUCGGCCGCUUUCCCCGAGAUCCGUGCCUUUGCCGAGGAGGCCAAGAAGGCCGUCGACGCGUCCAGGGAGGGUGCCCAGGUCCCCGCCGUCGACCACUUGUCCGAGGCCGCCGAGGACGAGAAGAAGUCUUUCACUGAGACCCAAGGUCUCGUCGCCAAGGCCUCAGGGGAGAAGCCCGACGCGUUCGCCGACCAGGCCUUGUCGUACGUCGCGUACGCCAUCUCGCACUUGACCCGCAAGCGUCAGUUCGAUGAGAAGGACUGGAGGGAGUCUUACGUCGGCCCUUACCUCGAACCCCUCGUUGGUAAGGCCUCUGCCGAGUCGCUCUCCGUCGAGCUCUUGAAGCGAUGGAUGGCAAUCGACAAGUCGCGCAUGCAAGUCGACCAGGAGGACGACGAUGAUGAAGAGGGAGAGAUCGUUACGGACUUGCCCUUCUCGCUCGCCUACGGUGGCCUGCUCUUGCUCAACCAUACGACGCUCAAGCUGCGCCGAGGCCACCGUUACGGUAUCUGCGGUGCCAACGGCUGCGGUAAAUCGACUUUGCUCAAGGCUAUCAACCGGAAACAAAUUGACAACUUCCCGCAGCACGUCAAGGCCGCCUAUGUAGAGCACGACAUUGACGGUGACGAGUCCGGGAUCACCGUCUGCGGCCUCAUGCUCGAGGAGCCUCGCAUCGAGGUCGACGAGAAGGAGAUCCGCAAGACCUUACUCGAGCUCGGCUUUGACGAGGAGCGACAGGAUGUUGCCAUCAACUCGCUCUCCGGUGGAUGGAAGAUGCGCGUCGCCCUUUGCCGUGCCAUCCUGAUGAAGGUUGACCUCAUGUUGCUCGACGAACCAACCAAUCACUUGGACACCAAAUCCGUCAACUGGCUGCAGGACUUCCUCAACGCGCAGUCGCACAUCACGUGCAUGAUCGUCUCCCACGACUCAGGAUUCCUUGACGCCGUCUGCACCAACAUCAUCCACUACCAGAAAAAGCAGCUCGUCUACUACAAGGGUAACCUCGCCAAGUUCGUCGAGAAGUGGCCCGCGGGAAAGGCGUACUACACCCUCUCGGACUCGGUCGUCAAAUUCACCUUCCCGGCCCCCGGUUCUUUGAUGGGUGUGCGCUCGCAGACGCGCGCUAUCCUCAAGAUGACCAACUGCACCUUCACCUACCCCGGUGCCAAGAAGCCGCAGUUGCAGAACGUCUCGUGCGCCGUCUCCCUUUCGUCGCGCGUCGGUAUCGUCGGCCCCAACGGUGCCGGUAAAUCGACCCUGAUCAAGCUCUUGACGGGCGAGACCGUGCCCGACGAAGGCAAGGUCGAGAAGCACCCCAACUUGCGUGUCGCGUACGUCGCCCAACACGCGUUCCACCACAUCGAGGAGCACCUUGAGAAGACGGCGAUGCAGUACAUCCAGUGGCGUUACCAGGACGGUGUCGACAAGGAGCAGGCCGCCAAGGCGACGCGCGCCAUGACCCCGGAGGAGAUCGAGCUUAUGAAGACCCCCAUUGUUGGUCGUACUGGCGAGUCGCGCUUCCUCGAGCGCAUCGUCGGUCGUCAAAAGCUCAAGAAAUCGUACUCUUACGAGUGAGUGGCACUGCUAGGUUGAGGCCCUUAUACAAAGCGCGGACAUUGACCCUUCACUCUCCCUUCUUUCGCGCUCAGAAUCAAGUGGCAAAACCUGCAGCACAAGUUCAACGCUUGGUUGCCCCGCGAGAGGCUCAUUGAGCUCGGCUUCUCCAAGCUCGUGCAAGAGUUUGACGAUUUCGAGGCUUCGCGCGAAGGUGCUGGAUCGCGUGAGAUGUCCGGCAAGCUCGUCCGCAAGCAUCUCGAGGACGUUGGUCUCGACGGUGACAUCGCCGAGUACAACGAAAUGAAGGGUCUUUCCGGCGGACAAAAGGUCAAGGUCGUCAUCGCUGCGGCCAUGUGGGCCAAACCCCAGGUGCUUAUUCUUGGUGAGUAGGCUGUCCAUCGUCAUCCAUGUCCCUUCAUCAGUUAGCUAAACUGCUCAUCUUUCCUCGCUCCAGACGAGCCUACCAACUUCUUGGAUCGUGAUGCUCUCGGCGGUCUCGCCGUCGGUAUCCGCGAGUGGACCGGUGCCUUCUUGUGCAUUUCGCACAACCAGGAGUUCGUUGGUGCUCUCUGCCCCGAGAUCUGGAACGUCGAGUCCGGCAUGCUCACGCACAAGGGCAAGGCCGCCGUCGCCGAGGAUGCGUUCGACUCGCAACCCCCGACACCCGGAACCCAGACCCCUGCCGUUUCGACACCGGCAUUGACAACUCCCGCUGGCUCGACGCCGGCGAUGUCGACCCCCGUUGGUUCGGGCGACGAGGCACGAGCCGCCUCUACGAUCGCCGGUGCCGAGAUGGCUUUCAAGGCCGCCAAGGGCAGGAAAAAGAUGUCGCGCAAGCAGAUGAAGGAACGUGAGGAAAGACGGCGGUUACGUACGCUCGCCUUCCUGUCCAACUCGAUCCCUGGUGCGGUGCGAGAACCGGAUACGGAUUCGGAUGAGGAUGUCGAUGGCAAGACGUUGCGCUCGACGCAGAAGAAGGCCAAAGGCAACUUGACGCCUUCGACCAUCAUCAAGAAGCAGUCCGAGGUCGAGACGGCCCCGACCGCACCGAGGUCUACUUUCUAA